CCCAAUGUUUUUAAGACGAUAUUCGUUUCUUCACCUGUACAUAAUAAGUUUGUAAAAUUCUUGAUGUUGUGGAAGUGAAAUAGUGGGUUGUGUUUAAUUAUAACUAAAUUCAAUAUUACUAUCAUAUCACUUUUUGUCCACGGCAGAAAAUUAACUAGUUUGUGUAACAUUCAUUAAGUAAGCCAAGUGUUAAAAAUUUAAUUUACUUCUCUUUUCUACUGUAACUAUUUCUUACUCCAUGGACGAAUUAACCCCUUUCCAUCCUAAAAUUAUGAGUAAAACAAGGACUGCAGGCGAUGGCAUGGAAUCAGAUGCAACUACCUCCGAGGCUGUGCCAAAAGUUCCUGGGAAGCCCACUAUUAGAACCGGAAGCAAAGAGACCCUUCUCCCAGGCCGGCUCAUCCAGGUUUACCCCACCAGUGUGGUUAGAGCUGAAAAGAAAAGGCCACAACUUCAUUCUAAAAGCCCUAAAUUUGUUCCUUAUGAGCCUUACCCAGCGGCUGUGAAGCCUAUAGUGCCUCAAACUGUUUCUAAAUCUAAGAAAUCUAAAAACAACAUGGACAUCAAUGUACUUAUAUCCCAGAUGUCACAAAUGGACACAAAAUUGAAUGAGUUUAAGCCGAGACCCAAGUUGACAUCCUCUAGUUCACUAGAUCCUGCAGUGGUGGAUACUGACAAACAUAACCCUGAGAAAGCUGAAAUGCAGGCUACUAUUGACAAACUUUUGCAUGAAAAUGAUUGUUUGAAGGAGCAGCUGAAACAGCAAGUUCAGGUUAACAAAGAAUUAAAAACAAUGCUUGUGGCAUCCAUGGGUGAAGACUUGGAGAUCCAGGUGCAAUCCCUCAAUGAAGAUAAGAAGCAUUUGGCCAAUGCCUUGCUGAACUCUGCUCAGCACUUGUCAACCCAUCAAGAGCAAACAGAAUGGUUAGCAGGGCAAUGUGAAGUUUGGAGAAGCAAAUUCCUUGCUAGCAGUCUUAUGGUAGAAGAGCUAGCGAACUGGAAGAAAGUCCUCAACGAAAAAACCGUAAAUUUACAACAAGCGAUAAAGCAACUGCUAGAUGAGAGGUGCAGAACCAGAGACAUGAUGUUAUGCACCUAUAAAAACCUCUACAGCCUCCACGAGAAGUGGCUAGAAAACAUCGCCAUUUCAGAAUAUGUUGGCAAUAAUAAAGUAUAUAACCAACCAAUUGGUAACCUCAAUUUAAACACUACAAUACCACACUCUUCAAAUAUAAUCGAUUUGGCGCUGGUGAAUUUAAAAUUAUCGGAGAAUGUUAGCGGUUCCAAUGAGAAGCCCGAUAUCAGCUAUCUUGAUAAUUUACCGGCCGAGACGGAUGGCGAGAAACAUGCUGAGAAUAUAAUGGCGAUGCCCCUAGAAGUGAAGAAGGUGAGUGAAGAGCCUGUGAACGCGCUGGUGCACCACGCUUACACCAGCAGCAAUAGCACUCCAAGACCUAUAGCCUCGUGCGUGCACUGCAACGGCAAAGUCCAGUUACUCUAAGCUUGAGUAGAGAAAACAUCGCUAGAGGUUCGAAAAUCCAGUUUGUAGCCUUGCUAGUUAUACUUACCUACUAUCUGUACCAAGGGCGGAUCCACGCACGGUCACGUGGUAAGACCCAGGCCCCAGGGGGGGGUCACGUGGUCUAUUUGUAUGGCCAACCUAGGCUCCAGGGGCGAGAUCAUGAGCUCCAUGACUUCCCACACUCCCUGGAUCCGCGCAUGAUCUGUACAGUCACCGGCAAUAAUAUGAAGUCUGCAAAAAUAUCUGUCACAAACUUAUUUUUAGAGCCAUAACAGCGUGUUAGAUAUUUACUCAGCCUU